CGUUUCGAGGUCAUGAGACGAAUCAUGGGACCGUGUAGCUUCAGAUUUUCCCAGGCGUAGCACAAAGUGUUUGGGUCACCUUUCGGUCCAGUAUGGCUGUGGAAACCAUUGCACCUGACUGGGAAUUUGACCGUUUCGACGACGGCUCGCAGAAAAUCCACACCGAGGUUCAGCUGAAGAACUAUGAGAAGUUUCUGGAAGGCUACACGUCUCAGCUUAGGGGCAUCGAGGAGGCACUGGACGACUCCAUCGGAGACGUCUGGGAUUUCACUCUUGAUCCUAUUGCUCUGAAGCUCCUCCCGUACGAACAGUCGUCCCUGCUGGAACUAAUUAAAACAGACAACAAGGUCCUGAACAAAGUCAUCACAGUGUUUGCUGCCGUCUGUAGUGAGGUGAAGAAGCUCAAGUAUGAGGCAGAAACAAAAUUUUACAACGGCUUGUUGUACUACGGAGAGGGAGUGUCGGACACCAGUGUUGUGGAGGGAGAGUCCCAGAUUCAGAUGGGCAGAUUUAUCUCCUUCCUUCAGGAGCUGUCCUGUUUUGUGUCGCGAUGUUUCGAGGUGGUGGUCAACAUCAUCCACCAGCUGGCUGCCCUCUACAACAGCAACAAGGGUGCAACGAAAAUCAUAGAGUCAUCAGGAGUCCAUUUCCAGGUCGUGUACGAGCACCUUGGUGAGCUGCUAGUGGUGCUGCUCACUCUGGAUGAAAUCAUGGAAAAUCACGGCACACUGAAAGACCACUGGAAGAUGUACAAAAGGUUACUGAAAUCUGUGCAUCAUAACCCCGGGAAGUUUGCCAUUCCUGAAGAGAAGCUGAAGCCUUUUGAGAAGCUCCUGCUCAAACUGGAGGGGCAGCUGUUGGACGGCAUGAUACUGCAGGCUUGUGUGGAGCAGAGGUUUGAUGAUCCCGGGGAGGGAGUAGCUGUCGCCAAAAACAGUGCCUUCGCCGAGGAGUUCGCCUUCAACAUCCGCACCAUAUUCACUAAUCUCGAGUCCAAGAUUGGUGAACCUUCAGAGAUCGACCAGAGGGACAAAUAUGCUGGUGUGUGUGGUCUCUUUGUGCUUCACUUCCACAUCUUCAGGACUGUGGACAAGAAACUGUACAGAGCGCUACUAGAUGUUUGUAAAAAGGUCCCAGCUGUGACUCUGACUGCCAACAUCAUCUGGUUUCCCGACACGUUCCUCGUGGCGAAGGUCCCGGCUGCAGCCAAACUGAUGGAUAAGAAGAGUCUACAAAGCAUCAAAGCACAGAGAGAUACCUACCUGCAGCAGAAAGCACAGACGCUAACCAAGGAUGUCCAGUCCUACUACGUGUUCGUGACAUCGUGGAUGAUGAAGAUGGAGGCCAUCUUAUCCAAAGAGCAGAGAAGUGACAAGUUGUCAGAAGAUCUCAGCAGCAGGUGUAAUGUCUUUGUUCAGGGCAUCCUGUACGCCUACAGCAUCAGCACCAUCAUCAAGACCACCAUGAACAUGUACAUGUCGAUGCAGCGGCCCAUGACUAAGACCUCUGUCAAAGCCCUCUGUCGACUGGUGGAGCUGCUCAAGGCUGUGGAGCACACAUUCCACAGGCGCUCCAUGGUUGUGGCCGACUCGGUUUCUCACAUCACACAGCAGCUGCAGUCGCAGGCCCUCAACACCAUCGGCACAGCCAAGAAAAGAGUGAUCUCUGACAAGAAGUACAGCGAGCAGCGGCUGGACGUGCUGUCAUCUUUGGUGAUGGCAGAAAACGCGCUGAAUGGCCCCAGCACAAAGGAGCGCUGCCUGGUCGUGUGCCUGGCUCUGAGUGUCGGCACUCAGAUGAAAACAUUCAAAGACGAGGAGCUGCUGGCACUACAGCUUGUGCUGAAGAAGUUGGACCUGAUUAGUGAGCUGAGAGAGAGGGUCAAGCUUCAGUGUGACUGCAGUUUCCUGUACUGGCACAGAGCUGUGUUCCCUAUUUACUUGGAUGAUGUGUAUGACAACGCCGUGGACGCUGCAAGGUUACAUUACAUGUUCAGUGCACUGAGAGACAGCGUGCCCACGAUGCUGCACGCCAAACACAUGGAGUCGUGUGACCAGCUGCUGGAGAGCUACGACAAAGAGAUCAUGGAUGUGUUCAACGAGCACCUGCUGGAUAAACUGUGUAAGGAGAUCGAGAAGGACCUGCGCCUCUCCGUUCACACACACCUGAAGCUGGACGACAGGAACCCCUUCAAGGUUGGCAUGAAGGACCUGGCCCAUUUCUUCUCCCUCAAACCCAUCCGAUUCUUCAACCGCUUCAUACACAUCAAAGCCUAUGUGACUCACUACCUGGAUAAGACCUUUUACAACCUGACCACAGUGGCUCUGCACGACUGGGCCACCUACAGUGAGAUGAGGAACUUGGCCACACAGCGCUACGGACUCAUGAUGACAGAGGCACAUCUGCCCAGCCAGACCCUGGAGCAGGGUUUGGAUGUUUUGGAGAUCAUGAGGAACAUUCACGUCUUUGUCUCACGCUACCUCUACAACCUCAACAACCAGAUCUUUAUAGAGAAAGCAAGCAACAACAAGCACUUGAACACCAUCAACAUCCGUCACAUCGCCAACUCCAUCCGGACGCACGGCACAGGCAUUAUGAACACCACGGUGAAUUUCACCUACCAGUUCCUGCGCAAAAAGUUCUACAUCUUCAGCCAGUUCAUGUACGACGAGCACAUCAAGUCCAGGCUCAUUAAAGACAUCCGUUUCUUCAGAGAGACAAAAGACCAGACCGAUCAGAAGUACCCGUUUGAGCGAGCGGAGAAGUUUAACCGUGGCAUCAGGAAGCUUGGCCUCACCCCUGAUGGACAGAGCUACCUGGACCAGUUCAGACAACUCAUCAGCCAGAUUGGAAACGCCAUGGGCUACGUCCGGAUGAUCCGCUCUGGAGGGCUGCACUGCUGCAGCAGCGCCAUCAGGUUUGUCCCUGACCUGGAGGAUAUUGUCAACUUUGAGGAGCUGGUGAAGGAGGAGGGGCUGUCAGAGGAGACUCAGAAAGCUGCCAGUGUCCUAGAUUCGGUUUUGGGAGAUUUGACAAGCAACUCCGCUGAGGGAACAGAGUACUUCAAGAUGCUGGUGGGAGUGUUUGCGCCCGAGUUUCGCAGCGCCAAGAAUAUGCACUUGAGGAACUUCUACAUGAUCGUACCCCCUCUGACGGUGAAUUUUGUGGAACAUUCCAUCAGCUGUAAGGAAAAACUCAACAAGAAGAACAAAGGCGGAGCAGCUUUCACAGACGACGGCUUUGCUAUGGGUGUGGCGUACAUUCUGAAGCUGCUGGACCAGUAUCUGGAGUUCGACUCCCUGCACUGGUUCCAGGCCGUCAGAGAAAAGUACAUGAAGGAGAUGAACGCCGUGGUGAAGGAGCAGAACGUCCAGUCCACCAGCCAGGACGAGAAGCUGCUGCAAACCAUGAACCUCACUCAGAAGAGACUGGACAUCUACCUCCAGGAGUUCGAGCUGCUCCACUUCUCCUUAAGCAGCGCCCGGAUCUUCUUCAGAGCAGACAAGACAGCGGCCGAGGAGACUCAGGAGAAGAAAGAUAAAGAUGAAGCGACCAAAGCAGGAGGUUCCUCAGACAGCUCCACCCCGACUGAAGCUGCCUCCAAGUGAAGCUCACUGUGGGACCACGGGGUCAGUGUCCACGUUUGUGGCGGCACUGAGAGUCAAAGACAGGGGAUCGCACCGGGAAAGACCACUGUGAAAGACAGAGGAGUGAAGAGACGUGUUACCUGCCGUGGAACAUCUGUCAAGACUUACAAUCUGGAUCUGUAGACAAAUCUGGAUAAUGACCACACAUUACAAAGAGGAAUGUUAUUUUUUUUGGAAGGCUGUUCCAUUUGGUUUGUCGUGUUAUAGAGCAAUCUUUAUAACAAAGAGAAUGUGAACUGAAAGCACUAUUGCUAAAAAAAAAAAAAAAAAGAGUUAAUCUUCACUCUGCUCCCUUCUCGAGAAAUAAAACUGUAACAUCCCAUGGCUGUCUUCUAAUAAAAAUCAGCUGUUUGAAUUUGUAGCAUUUAGAUUAACAAUGCAUUCGGUUUUAAAGUCAAGUGGCACAGAGUGUAAAGCAGGAAUCAAUCGACCACGUAGACGGAGCGUGAUAUAGCUUUUUGAAAUAAUUUUUACACUAAGUCUUAAUAGACUGGAUUAUUUUUCUACAAUAGAGCCUUCAGCUACGUGUCUGUUCUCCAGUGAUCGGGGGAAUAAAUCACUGAUCAAUUUGUAUUUGUGCUUGACAUUUUACUCUCAUAAUAAUGCUGGCUGUUGACUUUUUUUUUUUUUUUUUUUUUUUGCAAAGCUCUUGCUACAUGUUUGCCAAUGUCCAGUGUUGUAAUCACCAUAACAACAUGAUUGUUCAUUAUCUUUUAUGGCAGCUCUGCUGUUGAAAGUAAAGCAAACUUUCAAUGACUUGUUGAAUGUUUUCAAAGUGCAUAAUCAUGUUUAUGUUUGAGUGCCAUAUUUGCGUACUUAAAAGUUCAGGGUGUGCUAACAAAUUUGUUUUGUUUUUGUUUUUCAUCCAUUGCCAUUUUAUACCUUCUAGGAAUUAAUCUUAAGGUGUAUGUGCCUUUUUGAGCUGUUGAUCUUUGUGCAUUUUGUUUAAUUAGCCUAAUGAAUUCAUGAGAAAUAACCAAUCUCAGCAGGAGCUUCUUGAUCCUGAGUGUUGCACAGUACUUAACAAAGGAUUACAUAUUUCUCUGUAACAUAGGUGUUUAGAGAUGUUAUAAUACAUUUUCAUUACAUUUCCUUUUUUUGUAUGUCAGCGUGGUACAUGUGGUAACAGGAAUGUUAUUCAUUUUAUUAUCUGUUGCCUGAAAAAAAAAAAAAAAGCUCUGUAAAGUCUUACGAAAAGUCUAAUAAAACAAGCACUUUCAAUGUAAAA